AGAUAUGAAAACCAACAAACAACACUAACAAGAGAAAAACGCCAAUUCUUUUCUUUUUUGCAUUUCAACUCAGAAGAGCCUCAGCAGAUUGAAGAAAGAAAGAACAGCCAUGGGAGGAGGAACCAUGCAUAUUGACCUGCCCACCAUCCACAUCAAACAUUCUUCUUCUUCUUCUUCUUCGAAGCUUCCAGUUUCAUCCAGUUACGUUGCCACUGUUAAACCCUCUUGUUCUGCUAGAUACUGUUUCUGUGGAAGUGAGAGUUGCAGAAAACUAGAGCUUGCAUAUGGAAAAGAAGACAAAAGAGCAAGUGGGUCUAAUCUGAGCUCUGUUUUUGGGCCUGUUCCUUCCCAAUUUGAAGUCCAAAAUGCAAUAACUGCUCUUCUCAAUUUUAUGCAAGGGAUAACUUCAUCUCAGCCAGAGUUUCAAUGGCUUCAGCAAAUAUUGGAUUGCUGUGUUACAAGAAAGUUGCUCUCAUAUGGACAAAGAAGAGUUUAUGAGGCUUUCCAAUUGUUACCGACGGAUCCUUGUGUUAAGAGACUGGUGGUCUCCCUUUCAUCUGAUAAAGCCCUAUGGGAAGCUGUUACCAACAAUGAGUUGGUCAAGAAGCUCCAAGAGCCUAUCUUCCCUGGGCUGCCUCCGAGUGAAAACGAGGAACCAGAAUUAUCUACACGAAUUAUGAGGUGGAUUAUGGAUGUUACAAAAGCAAAAAUUAUGCAACUUAUUGAGACAUUUCAAUCACUCGUGAAUGAGAUGUUUCUACCUCCAGAAACUCCUCCGAGUGAAAACCCUACGGCGGACGAUGAGGAUCAGUUUGAAGCAAAAGUUAGGUCUUCAUUGCUUCUCUCUGUUGUGAUUCUCUUAAUUGUGGUUGUUACUCGAUUCCAUAAGGCCUGAUCACCGGAUUAGCUUCUGAAAAUGGUUGUACAAAGAUAAGCACCUUGGCCAUCAUAAGUCCCAUUUAUGCACAAAUAUUGUUUUAUUAAAUAAAGUUUUAAAUCAUCUUUUGCCACUGUCA